AUUUCAUCGGCGUUUCUUCUGCUGCGGUAAACCCCCAAACCCCCCAAAAAAAAACCCCAAACCCCAACAGGCAACAGUCGAGCUCGAGGCACCGCCGCACCGGUGGUUCGAGGCGAAGACCCAAGUACAGUAGAGCAUCGCCGGCCGCCGGCGACCAUGAACGGCUCGGGAUUUGAUAUGAGGCUCGGCAUCGAGAGCGCUCUUCGACGCGCGCUUCCGUACGGCGGUCUUCCCGGCAAUGACUCGCCGCAGACGGCCUUCUUCGACGCGGCCACCGGGGGCGACCUCCGCCGCCUCAGGGGUGGGCAAUCUCCCGUCGCACCCACAUCUCAAGAAUCUCGCCGUGCACGGCCGCGCGGCGCCCUCUCCCCACGAUGCGGCGUCGCAUUUGCUAGGGUUUUGGCGGGAAUGGGAGUUGGCGAGCGGCAAGGAUGCGGAGGAGAAGGCGUGGCUUGCCGAUGUGUCCAUCCAAGGUGUUGGGCCGUUUCAGGCCGCCGCGCGCCUGGGAAAAGUUGAUGUGUGCAGGUGCUUGGUGGAGGAGCUCGGCUUUGACAUCAAUGCUGGAAGCAAAAUUGGUGUAACUGCGUUGGCUGCUGCUGCAUUGGAUGGAAAAAUGGCUGUUGUUAGGUACCUUCUUGACAAUGGGGCAGAUCCAAAUAAGAAAGACGACGCAGGCUCUGUUCCUCUUCACUGUGCUGCAAAAUUUGGGCAUCACGAAGCAGCAAGACUAUUGCUAUCUAGAGGAGCUAGUGUUGAUAUAGCUUAUUUUCAUGGGACACCACUACAUAUUGCUGCUUACUAUGGGAAGGCCAGUGUCAUGAAAGUCUUAUUGGAGCACCAUGCAGAUCCGAACAAGGUUUCAGAAGUUUUAGGUACACCAUUGAUUGCAGCUCUAAGUGGUACUUCUGAAGGACUACCAGAGUCUAUUUCAUUGAAGUGUGUGAAACUACUUGUCGAGGCAGGUGCAGAUGUAAAUUCUACUAAUCCUGAUACUGCCUUGGUAGUGGCAACUACUUACGGGUUAACUGACUGCAUUAAGUACUUGCUAAAGGCUGGUGCAGACCCUAAUAUCCCAAAUAGUCAUUGUGGUGCCAUGCCAAUACAAAUCGCAGCAAGCUGUGGAAGAAGAAAGCAUGUGGAGUUACUAUUUCCUUUAACUUCUCCAAUUCGAACUAUAUCAAACUGGACUGUUGAUGGAAUUCUUGCUAAUGCCAAAUCAAAACACUCCAAGCCCAGGGAUGAGGAAGAUGAUGGCAAUACCAAAAUCCAGCUGAAAUUAUGCGGUGAGGAAGCUGUUAAGAGAAAGGACUAUCGUGGCGCGUCAAUGUUCUACACCGAGGCAAUUGAGUUGGACCCGACUGAUGCAACACUGUAUUCGAAUAGGAGCCUGUGCCACAUGCAAAUGACUGAAGUAGAUAUGGCUUUGCUUGAUGCUAAUACGUGCAUUGAAUUGCGCCCUGAAUGGUUGAAAGGCUACUACAGGAAGGGAGUUGCUCUCAUGUUUCUCAAGGAGUAUAAAGAAGCAUGUGAUGUUUUCAUGGCUGGACUGAAGCUGGACCCUGGAAAUGCCGAGAUGGAGAAAGCAUUACGGGAGGCUGUCGAGGCAAUGAAAAAGGACCACUUCGCUAGGAAAAGCUUCAAACCAUCCGAUUAGAGAAACAUGUCGGCUCUGGAGGUCGUGCAACCCGUUUUAGAUGCUAUAGUAGUGGCAUAUUGCGAGUGUUAGAGGUAGAAUUCUCAGUGCGUAGCCUUGUUAUGAGUCUGCUUUGUCAAUAGGCACUGUUUAGCAUGAUAUAUAGAUAUUACUCUGUUAGUCAGGUCUGUGAUGGCAUUGGUUAGCCUUGUGCAUGUGGUUCGUCAAA